GCAGCUGGACGGCGCAUGCGCCCUCCGACUGCCCGCGGGGCGCUAUGGAAGCCGCACGCGGCCGCAACACCUGAGGCCAGGAUGAAAGAGUGGUGGAUACAGGUGGGGCUUCUGAGUGUGCCACUUCUGGCUGUCUACCUGCACAUCCCUCCCCCAAAACUGUCCCCAGCCCUUCACUCAUGGAGAUCGUCGGGAGGAUACUUCACCUACAAGGCCCAGAACAUCUUCUACAGAGAUUCAAUGGGUGCAGUCGGCAGCUCUGACAUCGUCAUUCUCCUGCACGGCUUCCCAACCUCCAGCUACGACUGGUACAAGAUUUGGGAAGGGCUGACUCAGCGGUUUCACAGAGUGAUCGCCCUGGAUUUUGUGGGAUUUGGUUUCAGUGACAAGCCACGGCCCCAUCGCUAUUCCAUUUUCGAGCAAGCCAGCAUUGUUGAGAGGCUGGUGGGGCACUUGGGCCUGCGAAACCACAGGAUCAACCUCCUGUCUCAUGACUAUGGGGACACGGUCGCGCAGGAGCUCCUCCACAGGUAUGAACAUAAUAUAACUGGAAGCAUCUUGAUCAACAGCCUCUGUUUGUCCAAUGGAGGAAUUUUCCCAGAAACCCACUACCCCAGGUUCAUUCAGAAGAUUCUCAAGGACGGUGGCUUCCUGACCCCCAUUCUCACUCGGCUGAUGAACUUCUUCCUGUUCUCAAGAGGGCUUGGGGCAGUCUUUGGACCAUACACACAGCCUUCACAGGCGGAGUACUGGGACAUGUGGACAGCCAUCCGGACCAAUGAUGGAAACCUCGUCAUUGACAGUAUUUUACAGUACAUAAAUCAGCGGAAGCAGCACAGAGACCGCUGGGUUGGGGCUCUGGCCUCCACCACUGUCCCACUGCAUUUAAUCUACGGGCCCCUGGAUCCUGUGAAUCCAUAUCCAGAGUUUCUGCAGCUUUACAAGAAGGUGCUUCCUAUGUCCACAGUCUCUGUUCUUGAUGACCACAUUAGCCACUAUCCGCAACUUGAGGAUCCUACGGGCUUCCUGAACGCAUACUUGAACUUCAUCAACUCCUUCUGAGCACCAGCAAACUCUCUGGCUCAUGUCUGCUUUCCAUUUCUGAACCAGGCAGUGGUGGAGCGGAUGCAGACUUUGUUUCCAGAUCAGGCGCUUUAAGGCUUUUGCCUCAGGCCACAACAUCCCCAUAUACACCUGAACCUUCUGAAUGUGGGGAGGACAAGCCAGCAGGAUGGAUGCUGUUUGCCUUCCUAUGCAUACCCAACUCAUUUCCUACCCUGACAGCAGCUGGGCACCAGGAAGCAAGAAUGGGGUUGUACAGGGGGGCAACAUCUCUCAAGUUGCUCCAGCAGUCUUUACCGGUCUUACCCCCAGAAGACACUGCAGGAAAGUAGCUCUUCAUUGGAAACCAUGCACCAAAUAGCUCAUUUCCAAAUCCCAGGCAUGUGUCUUUUCUCCUCCACGUGUGCAUCAAACUGAGCCGUUGCACAGACAAGGUUGAAACGACCCGUCUGUGUUGUUUUAAAGUGUUACUAACCCUGAGUGUCAGGAUUUAAAAUACAUGAAAGCAGUCUAA